UGGAUUUUAAGAUAGGGAAUCACCCAAUCAAAGCUCUUCUAACGCCACGUGUCACUCAAUACAAUCACCUCUAACAAAUAACAAAAAGUUCCCAAGGAUAUGCUUUGAAUGGUGGAAAACUAAGAAACCCCCAAAACAUACCCAAUUUCAACUUAUCAAAUUUUCUUGCAAAACCAACAAUUUCCCACCUCCAUUUUUUCCUUUCAUCACAAAACAGAAGUGGGUUUUUGUUAAAGGAAGGUAAAAAUGGCAGCUUCUUAUGCAGGGACAUCUUCUUCAAUGGCGGCUGCAACAACUGGGUUGUUGCCAAGUGUCCAGGCUAACCAAACCCCACGCUUUUUAGCCAUGCCUUACAUUCCUCCUCGCACUUCUUCUUCAUCUUUGAGGAUAAUUUCCAGGAAUUUUUAUGAGUCAUCGAGGUUUUCUUCUCUACAGGUUAAGGCAUCUUCAACAGAAGAGAGCUCAGUUGAUGCAAAUGAAUUAUUUGAUGAUUUGAAAGAGAAAUGGGACAAACUUGAGAAUAAGUCCACAGUUAUCAUAUAUGGUGGUGGGGCAAUUGUUGCUAUUUGGCUAUCUUCCAUUCUUGUCGGUGCUAUCAAUUCAAUCCCUUUGCUUCCAAAGAUCAUGGAGUUGGUUGGGCUCGGAUACACCGGUUGGUUUGUUUACCGAUACCUUCUUUUCAAGUCUAGUAGAAAGGAACUAGCAGAAGACAUUGAAUCAUUGAAGAAGAAAAUUGCUGGAACCGAGUAAAUCUUCACCGUGCAACGUAUGAUUACAAGCGAAAAGGAAUUCGAUUCUUACGCGUGUUGUAUAAUAGGCCAUAGAGCUAUUAUGUAUUCCAUUUGCAUCUGUCUCCAGUUUUAGUAUUGGAUUGUUUAUGUGUAUACAUCAACUAGUUUUUAUGUGGUUCAAAUGGCUGUUUUGUUCAUUAUAGCAAAAGGUUUAUAUUGCCUGA